AGAUGGUUUUGUAUCUUUUGUUUAAAAAUGCAAGCCGGACAUGGCUCUGCACCGGUGGAUGUUGGAGUAGAAUGGUUGAGAGCCAAAGGAGCCUGGAGCUUUUAUAUUCUAUUAAUAAUAACAGUAAGAGUAAUAAUAGGAACUAUUCUAGACCUGGAGCCCUAUCAGUCUUGGUCCACCAUUAACAUUCUACACGCUACAGUAACCUUUUUUGUGUUUCAUUGGAUAAAAGGCAGUCCAUUUCCAACCAAUUGGACCGAAGACUACAACGUAGAUAAAUAUACUUGGUGGGAACAAAUCGAUAGAAAAAGACAAAAUACUCCAAAUAGAAAGUUCUUUACCGCUGUGGUGAUAGUGCUUUAUUUACUUGCGCUUGACUCGACACCAAAGGAAUAUGUUGCAGUACAUAUUGCAAACUUUGUUGCUUUUAUUAUCGUGUUUAUAGCCAAAAUGCCGUGGAUGCAUAAGGUUCGUAUAUUUGGGAUAAACAAAUGAAAGGGGAGAGGACUCAAAUACUUGAAACUUUUUCUCACUUUUGUGUCUUUACAGUUUUUGUUGAGAAGAAUUGUAAACUUUUAUUUCUUUUGCAAUUUUCGCUAUACUUUGUCCAU